AUGCCCAGAUUCACCUACCGGAUAUCCGCCUCGUACUCUGCAAAGGGCCAUCAGUUCAAUCCCGAGUACAACCUCUUCAACCACAAUCCUUUCGUCAGGUUGACGAAGAAGGGCGGACACAAGCGACCGGCAAGCGGACAAGACUCGUUCUUUGUGAACCAGAUCGGAGAUACUGGUGCGGUCGCUUUCGGAGUCGCGGAUGGCGUCGGCGGUUGGGUCGAGUCUGGCGUAGAUCCCGCGGACUUUGCUCAUGGCCUUUGCGACUACAUGGCAGUAGCUGCCAACGGCUACCCAGAGGGUUUUGUAAAGGGUCCCCUGCAUCCCAAGGAUCUUCUACAAAUCGGCUAUGAUAAUGUGACCAAUGAUGAGGCGAUUUUCGGUGGAGGAAGUACCGCGUGCGUUGCAGCAGCAGAGCCCGAUGGUUCUGUUGAGGUUGCCAACUUGGGCGACUCGGGCUUCAUCCAUCUUGGCCUCAAUGCUGUCCGCUAUUUCUCCCCGCCGCAGACGCAUGCCUUCAACACCCCGUACCAAAUGUCCAAAAUUCCCCCCCUGAUACUCGCCCAAAUGAGGCUCUUCGGAGGUUCUCUUAAGCACUCCGAGACACCCAAGGACUCGGCGGUCACGAACCACAAAGUGAAACACGGAGACGUUCUUGUGUUCGCCACGGAUGGCGUCUGGGACAAUCUGAGCCCGCAAGAUGUGCUCACCAUUGUGGGGAAGAACAUGACUGCUCUUGGCGGAUGGAUCGAUGCCAGAGAGGAAUUCGUUGUGAGCCCUCAUCUGCGCAACCUCACCGAAAGAGGCGGUCUGAGCAAAUCCGAGAACAACACGCUGCAAGCACUCAUUGCGCUUGCAGUGACGGGAGAAGCGAAAGCGGCAAGUCUCAACACCAGGAGGGAUGGUCCUUUCGCAAAAGAGGUGCAGAAGUACUACCCAGGCGAGAAUUGGCAUGGGGGAAAGCCAGACGACAUCUGUGUUGUUGUUGCCAUUGUAGUCGAAGAUGGUAGAGAAAGCAAGCUCUAG